UGUGCCGUUUCCGAGCUGAAAUCGUGGCGCGUUCCCGUCGUGAGCUUCCUCUGGUACGGUGGAGCGCUCGCAACCAAUCAACGCGUUGAUCCCGCCAUCUCACCGACGCGACUGCUCUCGACAUGACGCUUCACUUUCUUGUUCCCAAACGAGCCUGAGCUCGGUUACGCCCGCAUCCUCGACGUCAAUCCAUCGCGAACAACCAGCCGCCACAAUGCCCGCACCAUCGCCCCUGCCAACCUACCUCUACAAGAUCCUCCCCUCUGCGCCACCAUCACCCCUCCCCGACCGUCUGCCGCUCUCAGACCUCGACCGCAAGGAUGGCUUCAUCCACCUGUCUACCUCUGAGCAGACAGCAGGUACAGCAGACAGGUUCUUCAGCGACGUCACAGAGCUGUGGCUGCUGAAGAUUAAGCGCAGCACACUGGAGGACGGCACAGAUGGCCAUGGCAAGGCCGGCGCGGACAACAAGGCGAGGUUCCAGUGGGACGAGACGGGCCACGGCGCCUUUCCGCACUUCUAUGGAGGAGACUUGGGCAAGGGCAACGUGCAGGAGGUGAUCAGGGCUGGGAAGAAGGGGACUUGGGCUGAGAGCCUCAAGCUCGAGUGGUGAUAUUGAUCAACCGGGCGGGAGAGGAGCGGUGGCGAGGAUAUCAUUGUAUUCGUCGAGUAUGGUACAAGUGACGACACGCCACGCUAAGAUGUAUGCAUGAGAACCAAAACCCCAUUCCAAAACGCCGUGGAUCCGCGUGCAGGCGUAGCAUCAACAUGAGCGUAUCCAAUUGUGGCCGUAAGAGGCGCAAGGCCUGAUCCAGCGCUGCCCCGUCUCCCCCACAGCCCGUGAAUCCUUGCUGCUUCGACUCCAUCCCGCCACGUAGUCGGUCCAUGUAGACCUCGUCUUCGCCGACGCACAGACUCGUGCCUAAAAGUCGUUGAAGUACUCGUCCCACUUGUCGCUCAGCUCCUUUGUGUACGGAUCCCUGUGACUAGACUCGUCGUCGUACUCGUCAAAGUUCCUCG